AAAACGUUAGUGACUGUCUGUUUUCAGACAUAAGUUUUCACUUAAACUGUGAUUCUGAUUUUAAAUAAACUUAGCAAGAAUACGUCCAGCGUGUUACAGACAGAAAUAUAUCUCCCUCUGGAAUCCAGCAGAAUUUUAUUACUCUGUUGGGGAGGUCGCCUGGUUCCAGCACCACAACACCAGCUCACCUUAAAUGCAAAUAAGGUGAGCUGCUCCCUUUACAGGUCGCCACAAUGGAUCAUCCUCAUCUUUCUCACCAACCCUCUGCAUGUUCUCUUUCACUACAUCCAUGAACCCUCUCUGAGGUCUUCUUCCUCCCUUCUGCCUGAACUCAUCCAUUCUCCACAUCCUGUCAGCUCUGUCUCUGCCAAUCGAUACAAGUUCUCAUCUCGUUGGUGUCCAGCCUCACAUACAGCUCACUUUAAGCCUUUUAGUUCUCCUUUGAAAUCUCUCUUAUCUGCACACCUAGCCUCUUAGUACUCCUGCCUACUUUCUUAAUCUCCCUUUCUCAUUUUUCAUUUGAUAACCUCUUCCUUUGAAUACUUUCCAAAAUCGCACCUGAUAUGGGGGCAAAGAUGGAGGAAGCUAUGGAUGUGUUGCACAGAAACAUAUCAUUAUUCUGGAGACAUGUGAAAGAAGAGAUUUAGUGUCGACUCAGCUGUCGGUAAGAGCGGCAGGUUCCACUUUGCAGACAUGCUGCUGUGGGAGGACUGGGAGGAGGCUGUGGCCUCACACUGAACAAGCGAGGCGAGCUGGGAAACGGUUGGAGACGAUCUGAGGUGAUGACAGAUGAACCAUUUUGUUUAAAAAAAUUAUUACUGGGCCAAUAGAGCUCUAUUAAACGUCACCUGUCACUGAGCUAGUCCUAGGUUUUUCGGUACUUAACUCCUAUGUUAAACUUAAAAAUGUUGUUCGGCUCAUUAAACAUUCAGGGUUGAGCGACACAUCAGGAUGUCACAUUUUGGACUGACCAAUGGGGAGACAGGUUUUGUUUUUCAGCAUUUGCCACAUUCACUCAUUUCGCUUCACUGUGAUUUAGACUGCAGCUCAUUACCAGUUAAACUCUCAGAUUUCCAUAAGCAGGUGCCUCUUUAAUGGAAAUGAAUAUACAAACAUAACUUUACUCCUCACAGUACAACAACAGGUACAUCGACUGGGUAAAAAGUCUGUGGAUGAAUGGAGAUCCAUUUUACAGAUGAGGAGGAUGUGACUUGUUACCUGUAAGAAGUUCAACAUCAGAUACGCUGACGGAACUAUAAAAGUGUCCCUUUGAGAUCAAAGAUAAAGAAGAUAUUGUGCUCUCUAAGGUCUCCUCUGGACUGACACAGCUCCGCAGAGCAGGAAUUGACUUUUGUGACACAAACAAGGCGAUCAGAGCUAUUUUGUCCUAACCCUGUUAUAUUCUUAAAGAAUUUAAGAACGAGAAGAUUAGGGUUAUACAAAGAAAAUAUAUUUCUCUUCCCCUUUCACCUAAAGUAAAAAAAGUAAACAUCAAAAUAAUAAAUACGAUUUUUAUAAGAUUGAAAUUUAAUCUGAAUACAUGUGUAUUCUGUGAAAACAACACUGAAAGCCUGCAUCACGUGUUUUUUCACUGUGAAUGGGUUCAAGCUUUUUGGAACGGCACGUGGCGCUGCAUGCAGUCCAGGGCGACUCAAUCGUCGGGAUAGUUAUUGACAAUAAAAUCUGCAUUCUGUUUCCAGGACAGUGCUGUUAUGAGGGAUAUCUUUUUAUCCAUAAAUGUAGAUGCUGUGAAGCUUAACUGUGUAUGAAAAGAUGGCUGAAUGAAAAACUCCCGACUGCUCUUUCUACUUUUCUUCUUUUGACAUACAGUAAAGGACUUUUUCUCUUCGCACUUUGUGUUGACCUUUGUUACACUGUAACAGUUUUUUCUUUUUUAUAAUCUUUCAGGCUCAACCUUGUGGACAUGUUUCUUUAAUCAUUGUUGGACUGAUGUUCAUAAAUACAUUCAGUAUGAUAACAUCGUUUUUUGGAUAAAUUCCACCUGACGUUUUAAAAUGUACGUCUUUUAUGUCAGGAUGAAUUGGAAAUGAUUUUUUUUUUCAUUUUCUCAUUUUUCUGGUGACGUCUCCGCAGACGCUCUGGGUGCGCACGCUCAGUUAAUUUGUUGAGCGCUUCACCUUUCCUCCAGCAGGUGGCGGUCCUACCACGAAGGAGAAGAAGACAGAUUCGCCUUCUGACCCGGAAGUAACCAUCGCGUCAGACCGCCAUGUUGGUAGCAAAGAGAGCGGGGAAUCAUCCCGCGGAGAGCGUAUUCGUCUGACCUCUGACCCGGGCCGGCUGACCCGAACCCUCCUCGGUCGGUUCGUCCUCCGAAAACGUGUGCGCGCGGACCGGCACGGGACAAAGACAACAUGGCAGCCCUGAGCACGUUCUCUUCGCAGGUGGAGCUGAUCAUGGAGGUAGCCGUGGGGAGCGCUGUGCACGAGUUGGGGAGGGAGGGCGCGCGAGCGGAGCACGGCCAGGCUCACCUGUCCACCGUGCUGGGGGGCGUGGCCAGAGAGGCAGUCCGUAAAAUCUGCAGAGUCUUCAGGGAGCUGUAUGCAAGCGUAGAGGCGGAAAAUGAAGCUCUCAGGGCAGAACUGAGUUGCCUCGAAAACACACCCGGCGCUUCGAGGAUGGCCAAAUCGGCGGUGAAGUUCAGCCCGGCAGAUGCACCCACCCUGUCUCUGGAUGUCCAAUCAGCUGCUGCCACUGCUGCUGUGGCUGUGGUCAUCCUCAGCCCGCCGGUGCACGCACCAGUCACAGGCCAAAACAAUCUGACCGCACUGCAGAAUGGUGCUGUGAGUGUUUUGGACAUGACGCACUUCUCUGCAGAUCCUCAGGUGUCACGUGAUAUGAUCCAGCCUGCAGAUGUGACAUCACUUCCUGACUGUGAGGAUCAGCCGGCCGCUGAGCUUCCAGGUGAUGAAACCCACGAAGAGCAGUGUGACGCUGCAGCAGAGACGAAGUCUGAACCUGCAGAACAGAAACAUGAUGAUCAGCAGGUGCCCGGGGGUCCGACAGGUGUGAGCGAGGAGCAGCAGAAGGAGCAGGAGAGGAGGCGGAGGAGGGAGCUGUACAAGGAGAAGAGGUUUUUCUGCGAGCUGUGUGACAAAGGCUUCCAUCAGAAGCACCAGCUGCUGAAGCACGCCGCGUGCCACCUGAAGCCGUUCCCCUGCAGCUCCUGCGACAAAGGUUUCUACAAAGCGCAGACGCUGCAGCGCCACCUGCUCGCCCACCGUCUCCGCGAGGCGCAGGAGAGCGACCCAGACAAGCUGUUGCGCUGUGACCAAUGCGACAGGAAGUUCAGGCUGCCACGUCAGCUUCGAGCGCACCAGGCCUGUCACCGGCUUGAGAAAACACCACUCAAGUGCUACGCAUGUGACCGCACCUUUACCUCCAGUGGGGCACUGCGAUACCACGAGGUGUCGCACGCCAAAGUCAAGCCCUUCAUGUGCGACGUCUGCGGAAAGAGCUUUACGCGCAAGAAGAGCCUGCGGGAGCACCAGACCGUGCACACCGGGGCACGGCCGUACUCCUGCCAGACCUGCGCCAAGAGCUUCUCCACCGCCAGCAACCUGCGCGUGCACAAAAGGUCGCACUCCGAGGAACGCCCGUACAAGUGCGACGAGUGUGACAAGGCAUUCAAGUGCCGGAUGGGGCUGCUGCAGCACCGUGUGGUCCACUCGGGAGAGAAACCCUUUACUUGUGCCACCUGUGGCCUGAGCUUCGGCCUCAAAUACAACUUCCAGAGACACCUGAGGCUACACAGCGGGGAGAAGCCCUUCAGGUGUGAUCAGUGUGGCGAAGGCUUCACAGGGACCUGGGCUCUGAAGACUCACAUGCUUGUUCACGGCGUGGCAAAGCCGUUCAUGUGCGACCUGUGCGGAAAGACGUUCUUCUACAACUGCCAGCUGCAGAAGCACCAGCAGCUGGUUCACGGCAGCGGUGGCGAUCGGGGAAAGUCCGGCGGGGAGGCGGGCAGGCGGCGGUCCACCGGAGUCAAACCGUUCAGCUGUAAAGUCUGUCCAAAGAGCUUCAGCAGCAGCAGCUCGCUGCGCACGCACGAGAAGAGCCACGCCCAAAACAAAGAGUUCACCUGCGACACAUGUGGGAAAGCCUUCCACCUGCGUCACCUGUACCUGUACCACCUGAGGCAGCACAGCGGCGACCGGCCACACGUCUGCGCUGUCUGUCACAAAGGCUUCCUGCUGGUAUCGCAGCUGAAGCAGCACGAGCUUCUGCACACAGGUGUCAAACCUCACCGCUGCGAGCACUGCGGCAAAGAGUUCAGGACGCCUCAGAACUACCACCGCCACCUGCUGGUGCACACCGGCGAGAAGCCGUACGAGUGCGCUGUGUGUGGCCGGAAGUUCCGCCAGUCCAACCAGCUGAAGUCUCACAUGCAGAUCCACACCGGUGUCAAGCUGUACUCGUGCGAACGCUGUGGGCGGGGCUUCUCCGACUCACGCCAGCUCAAGAAACACCGCUGUGGAGACAGCGAGCACGACUCGCGCGAUUCUGCCAGCAAGCACAGGAAGCAGACGGACGCGUUCCCAUGGACGCACGAAUUCACGGCACAGUGACACAGAAACAGGCCAGCGGGAAAACCCAGACAAUUCCCGCUGAGUCCACCCCCCGCGACUGUGUCCGGCACAUCAACAUCAAAUUGUGUUUAGGGAGUGUGUCCAUCCACCUCUUGAAGCCGGCAUUGAUUGGCUGGUUUGUUCCUUUGGCGUUUCUGUUUUUUUUUAUCCCCUGUUAAAGUCAGCGACACAGAAAAUGUUUGAUCUCUGCUGCAAAACCACCUCGCACACUCCCCUGAUGCCCCCGCAUGUCUCGGGUUGAAAUCUAAAACAAAGGUAAAGAGUAGCUGGGCCCUGACAGCAUCUCCAGCCUUAGGAGGUAAAAUGACAACUCUUCUAAAUGGACUUUGACUCUCACCUGGCAUCUCACCUGGUCGUGGUGAUUUAAGUUCAGCUGACAAAAUCAAACAGACCUUGACCUCAGUCAGUGACAGAAGAGGAAUCAGAUGAAAGCAGCUCUAAUAAACAUUUAGUUUCUGUUUCAUCUGUGAAAAAAUGACUUUGCUGUGUUUCAGUGUGUAGAAUAAAACUCCUCCUCCUUUGA